AUGUUUGCCUCAGGUCUUUCCCAAGAUGCAUGGACCUGCCGCAAAGACUACUCGCGUCCAUGCGCAGAGGGUUGGCAUCAGGUGAACGCCUCCCAGGAGUGCGUUGCACCGUUAUCCUACCGAGGGCCCUGCCCUCGCUUCCUCCAAAUGGAAAACAAAACGACACAGAAAAGGUUGCUCGAAGGGGAGUGCCACAUUUUCUGGCCCUGCCUAGACCAGUGCGAAAGGAACUACUCUCUCCAGUGCCCCGAACAGUGGGUUCCCGAGGACGAGAAGACGUGCCGUCCCCUGGCCAUUUAUGAAGGAACGUGUCUUCCGUCCCACGACUUUUCCAACAUGACUGAUGCGCAGAAGGAAAUUUGGAGCAACAAGUGCGGAACGGACUGGCCAUGCAUGACGUCGUGCAAGAAGGACUAUUCUAGAGCGUGCCCCCAAGAUGGGAGCUGCUACGCCCCCGUAAAAUACUCCGGACCAUGUCUCUCUCGGAUGUCUUUACUGAAUGUGGACGAAGAUAUGAAGGUGGCACUUGAAAAGCUGUGCAACGUGAGCUUUCCAUGUGUAAAGACCUGCGAAGUGGAUAUGAGCGACCCGUGUCCCACCGGAUGGUUCGUAAAAUCGGAUGCCUGCGGAAAUGCUCUCAGCUGUCUACCCCCAGAUAACUACAUGGGUCCAUGUGGGGAGGAAACCAAACUCAUAGGUCUGACUAACUUGAAGUCGAAAGAGCGUAUGGCAUAUGAGUGUGGCGUCAGGUGGUCCUGUUCUUCAGCUACCAAUCCGAUUAACUACGAGCAAUUCUGCCCAGACGGAUGGACGAAGAGCGAACAGUACUGUGUUGCCCCCCAAAAUUAUGCGGGUCCAUGUGCAAAGAAAAAAUUAUUUGUAUCAUUCGAAAGGGGAAUGAAAAGGGCUUACGCUGAAGAGUGCGAUGUUGAAUGGCCCCUACUAGGAAGGGAAGCGUCCCGCUCGUACCCCAAAGGCUCCGCCCUACGGAAGAGGAAAUAUAACAUUGGCCCCGUCGAACCAUUCAUGGGGGCCAUAAUCUCCGGCACUGUGAAGUGA